AUGGCUUUAUUUUUGCAGGGAUUACUGUUGUUAUGGAUUUGCAGUAAAUUUCUCUCUGAAAAAACGAACACCGGAACACUUUACGUAGCUCUACCGUUAUUAACAGCUGGUUUAGCCGGAGAAGAUGCUUGUCUAGAGAUACUUUUAUGUGACCAGUUCAAAGAAGAUGAUAUUGUUUUCGACCAGACAAGGUCGGAAAGACAACAGAUGGAAGAGUACGCUUGUGUUGCCUCAACUGGACGCAAAGAACAAUGGUCACUUUCAUCGUUGUGGCCGCGGGCUUACGCACUUUUCAUCUGCGGCGGAAGCUAUUACAAACGCAAGGCACCGACGGGACGAAGGGCUGUUUCUCGAUUGAAGGAGGCGAUGGGGCUCAUAAAGUUGAUCCCUCUUUGGCUAUUAUUCAUCCCUUAUUGUCUAGUUGAAGCAGCGGGAAACACUCUUUUCAUACUUCAAAGUAUUGGACUGGAUACAGGCAUCAAUCCCAAAAUUACUCUACAUUCAUUCAAUCAGAUUCCCAUUACUUCACUCUACGUGUUCGGCUCAUUCAGAAGUUUUCUGGUGUCCCUGUCGUCUAAGUAUCUGAUUGGUAAACUUUGGAGCAACGAAGAACCGAAGCAACAUCGUGCUAGAUCCGACGGAAUCGUUGUCGGGAUGCUGUUUGCUUCUGGUUCUUCACUAAGUGCUUGGUUAGUGGAAGUACGAAUAUUGAAGUUAAUCAAGGAACUCCCAGAUCACGAGCAAGGUAUUCCAAUGAAAAUACUAUGGUUGGCACCUCAAUUCGCCUUGAAAGGGAUCGCCAACGGCCUUGUUUUGAGAGGGCUUGACGAUUUUUUCUUAGACUUUGUGCCGGAAUCCAAAUUGUAUUUUGCGGUUCCGUUCAGUCUGAGAGUGAUGGGAAUCGGGAGUUUCUCAAGUGCUGUUGCUACUUUUCUUGCACGAGACUGGAUCGGCGACACCAUUGACGAGUCUCGUUUUGAUAAGUACUUGCAGAUGUUAGCCAUAUCGAACAUCUCCGUCGUGCCCGUUAACAUCUUUUUCUCCUUUAUGUUUGAUUGGAACAUACCCGAGAAGAUUGAGAUAGAAGAUGAUGAUGAUGAUAGAGAUGUUGAGAUAGAGGAGGUUGAUGGUAGAGAUGUUGAGAUAUUUUAA